UCCUCCCCUAAACUUUGCACCCAGCCUGAGAUAAACAGACCCACUAUAAAUAGGAGCCCAAAGGAGCCUCUGCUGUUCCAGUGGCUGUUAUCAUUUUUCUUUCUUUGCAUGGCUUAGGAACUACACAAAUCCCAGUUGCGAAGGGUGGGACCCGGUGAAGUCCAGCCAUGUGGGUUGGGCUGGGGGUGGCCCUGGCUCUCUGUCUCCUCCCUGGAGGAGGGACGGAGAGCCAGGGUCCAAGCACCCGAUGUCAAGAGCCUCCAGAAUGGUGGAUCGGAGAGCAAAAUGUGAUGCUGGACUCCAGAGGCACCGUGACAGUGGUAGCCCUUCUCCAAGCCAGCUGAUACUUGUGCCUGUUGCAGGCCUCCCGCCUGGAAGAUCUGCAACUGAAGCUAGAAAGUAAUGGGCUGGUCAACAUCUCCUUUGUUGUGAUCAAUCACCAAGGACACCAUUCGCAGCUGAAGUAUCGCCAUCUAAGAGAACGGGUUUCGGAGAACAUUCCUGUAUACCAACAGGAUACAAAACAGCCUGAUGUCUGGACAAUUCUAAAUGGAAAGAAGGAUGAUUUCCUGAUUUAUGACAGGUGUGGCCGUCUUGUGUAUCACCUUGGUUUGCCUUAUACUUACCUGAGUUUUCCAUAUGUGGAAGAAGCCAUUGAGAUUACAUACUGUGAAUCCAAAUGUGGAAACUGUUCUUACUUGACAGCAGAGGAUGAAGAAAUAUGCAAGAACUUAUCAAAGAAAUCAGAAGAAAAGAUAACUGGGGCAACAUCUCCCCCAUCACCUGAUCACCACCAUCCCCCUCAUGGGCACCAUGGCCAUAGACAUCGAUCCCCACCAAACAAUCGGCGGCAUAACCACAAGGGUGGAGGGCAUGACAGAGAGGGCCAGGCAGGUAGCCAGGUUGUAGCUUCUCCCCAGGAGGGAGUUGCAGACACUCCCCCACAAGGGAAGAGGCUUUGA